AUGACACUUACCUUUUUUUUAGUACAAGUAGCUAUAGAUGUUAUCAUAACUUUUUACUAUCGACCAGUUGUUACAGAGGCCUUUGCCUAUGUUCAAUACGUUGUUCAGGGAGAGACUUCUUAG